GCCCGCCCCGCGAAGGCCGGGGUCUAACCUGAGCUCUCGUCGGCUCCGCGCGCCCCGCCCAUGGGCUCCCUGAGGCCCGCCCGGCCCAAGGGAACGUGGUGGCCGCGAUGGCAGCGGACGUCGAAGGCCAGGUGGACGUCCUGGUGGAACACCCCUUCGAGUACACCGGCAGGGACGGGCGCCACAUCGCCAUCCGGCCCAACGAGCGCUACCGCCUGCUGCGGCGCAGCACGCCCCACUGGUGGCACGUGCGGCGCGAGCCCGGCGGCCGCCCCUUCUACCUGCCCGCACAGUACGUGCGCGAGCUGCCGGCGCUCGGCAGCCCAGCCCCUGGAGGGCGUGCGCCGCGCCAAGGCCUGCAGCGUGGCGGGCUCCUGGGUGUGCCCGCGGCCCCUGGCGCGCAGCUGCUCAGAAGACGUCGACGAGGCUGCCACAGAGGGGACCCUGGAGCAGGUGGACGCGCCCUCCGAGCCCGUGUACGUGAACGUGGGGCGGCCCCCGGCCCCGUCGCCACGCGCGCCCGCCGCCCCCCGGCCCGACCCCGCGUGGGAGGCGUGGGAGGAGCACACGGACGCGGACAGCGGGCGCCGCUACUACUACAACCGCGACACCGGCGCCACCACGUGGGAGCCGCCGGGCGAGGCCAGCCCGGCCGCCUCCCCCGCCUCGGCGGGCAGCCGUGAGAGCCUGGAGAGCGAGUGGGACCAGUACUGGGAUGAGGACAGCCGCAGGGUAUUCUUCUACAACCCGCUGACGGGCGAGACGGCCUGGGAGGACGCGGCGGGCGACGAGGACGAAGACGCGCCCGGGGACGCGCCGGACAUGCAUCAGGGGCCGAGCCCCGGCAGCCCCGCGGGUCGGCGGCCCCCCACCCCAGAGGCCGACUACCCCGAGUCGCUGUCAAGUUACCCUGAGGAGGACUAUGCCCCCGCUGGCUCCUGCGGGGAGUCCAGCCCCGCGUCCCCGUUGUCCCCGCCCCCCGGCUGGUCUUGUCACCUGGGCCCCGACGGGCAGACGCUCUACACCAACCACUUCACGGGAGAGCAGUGGGUGAGGCUGGAGGACCAGCACGGCAAGGCCUACUUCUACAGGCCACAGGACUCCUCGGUGCGGUGGGAGCUGCCCCAGGUCCCCGUCCCUGCCCCUCGGACCAUCCGCAAAACCAGUCAGGAUGGUGGCACUCCAGCCUCAGCCAGCCCCCCAGAGGAAAAGAUCAAAACGUUGGACAAGGCAGGGGUGCUGCAUUGCACCCGGACGGCGGACAAGGGGAAGCGGCUCCGGAAGAAGCACUGGAGCACCUCCUGGUCAGUGCUAGAGGGCAGUGUCCUGACCUUCUUCAAGGACUCCAAGACCUCGGCUGCAGGCGGCCUGAGGCAGCAGCCUUCCAAGCUCUCCACGCCAGAGUACACGGUGGAACUGAAGGGGGCCUCUCUUUCCUGGGCCCCCAAGGACAAAUCCAGCAAGAAGAAUGUGAUGGAGCUGCGGAGCCGAGAUGGCUCUGAGUACCUGAUUCAGCACGACUCAGAAGACGUCAUCAGCGCCUGGCACAAGGCCAUCACGCAGGGCAUCCAGGAGUGGCCCACAGAUCCGGCCCUGGAGGAGGACAGUGAGGCCAGCAAUACAGACUUCAGGUCCAGCGAGAGGGAGGACGGUGCAGCUGCACCCGCCCCAAGUCCUGGGACCCCAGAGAGUGACCUUAGCCGCGUGCGGCACAAGCUGCGCAGGUUCCUGCAGAGGCGGCCGACACUGCAGUCGCUGCGGGAGCGGGGCUACAUCAAGGACCAGGUCUUUGGCUGUUCGCUGGCCACGCUGUGCGCGCGCGAGAAGAACUCCGUGCCGCGCUUCGUGCAGCAGUGCGUGCGUGCCGUGGAGGCCCGGGGGCUGGACACUGACGGGCUGUACCGCAUCAGCGGGAACUUGGCCACCAUCCAGAAGCUGCGCUACCAUGUGGACCACGACGAGCGCCUGGACCUGGACGAUGGCCGGUGGGAUGACGUCCAUGUUGUCACCGGCGCGCUCAAGCUCUUCCUGCGCGAGCUGCCUGAGCCGCUGUUCCCCUUCUCGCACUUCAGCCAGUUCCUUGCAGCCAUCAAGCUGCAGGACCCAGCCAGGCGUGGCCGCUGUGUGCGGGACCUGGUGCGUUCGUUGCCUACCCCGAACCAUGAUACCCUGCGGCUGCUGUUCCAGCACCUGCGCCGGGUGGUGGAGCAUGGGGAGCAGAACCGCAUGUCAGUGCAGAGUGUGGCCAUUGUGUUCGGGCCUACCCUGCUGCGGCCGGAGACAGAGGGGGCCAGCAUGCCCAUGACCAUGGUGUUCCAGAACCAGGUGGUGGAGCUCAUCCUUCAGCAGUGCACGGACAUCUUCCCACCACAGUGACUGGCUGCCGCCCACCCCUGGUGCCACGGGUACCACAACCUCAAGUGGGGCUUUCUUGUCAUGUCCUGCGCCAGGCACUCUGGUUGGGUACCAGGAUGGGGGCUUCUGUUCUGGGAGGGGGAUUUGGUGAGGGGUUUCCUGGGUGCUUCAGGCAGCACCUGGCCCAAGCCCUGUGUAGGUGACCAAACAGGGACUGACAGCUGCUGACAGGACCAUGUGACCUGUGGUGUAAGCCUCUUUGCCCCAGCCAGAGAUCUGGCUUCAUCUGCCUUCGUGUCUAACGGUCCACAUCGGGAUCUGAUCUGCUGUAUCCCGGGCAAGGGUUUUUCAUGCCUAUGUGCCCUGCCCCUGCCACAGAGGGGCCCUGUCCACAUAGAGCCCUGAUACAGGAUGAAAACCAGCUUGUGAGGCUCCUCCGUCACCAGGGCACAGCUUCUGGAGAGGGGACCCGGCCUCUCAGACACCUUCCCAGCCUGCCCGCUCUUCUGGAGGGAGUAGCACCCUCUCUGGUCCUGGCUGCCAAGCUGCCUACUGGGGCCCACCUUGCCACAGCACUGGGAGAGGUGUAGGGCACCCAGCCUUGGGAAACGAGGGGUGUGCCUGGGUCAGCAGCCCCGACCCACCCCUCCUCCUGCACAAGCACCUCGGGCUAUGGAUCCCAUGUCCCCACCUCCUUGUUCGUGGCUCAGGGAACAAUAACAGCACGUAUGUAUUGAGCAUCCACACCUGGCCAGGCAUCCUGCCCUGCCGACCCUUGAGUCUCUCCAAGUCGGUAUUUAUUGUGUCUUGUGUGUCAGGCACACGCUGCUGGCCCUGUAGAGCCAGGGUCCAGGCAAGAGUGCCAGUGGGGAUCUCCUACCAUACAUCUAAGUAUUUAAAAGUUGUAAAUCAAGCUAAUGACUGUGAAAUAAAAUGUUUUAUUCUCCUACUUA